AUGCCCUCCCUGUUUGAGCGUAUCAGCAAGAUCUUGGUCAAAGAGAUUGGAGCCGAAGACCUGAGGCCCAUGAGACCCCUGGAGAGCGCCAAGAAAUACCGCUCGCCCUCGAUACUACGGAAGAGGAGGACCCGCUCGGGGUUCUGGGAAUCACCUGACGUGCCGACAGAGUACACUCUCACGGACUUCCUGGAGCCAGGCUCUUCAGUCCCAGAAAUUGAUGUCUCAGGACCAUUUCACCUCAGUGACACUGUGGGCCAGAAGCAGAAGGCUUCUACCAACGUGACCGCUGGGCUAGAAGUGAAUGUGUCAAGGGAAGCUACUGAAUGCCGUGGAUCCUCCCUCCAGUUUCAAGUUGUUAGUAUCCUGACCCAUAAAUGGAAAGACCUUCAAAAGAGGAAAGUGCUGGAUCCAAAGUUGUUACUGCUGGUGAAGUCCCAGGACAGAGGGAACAAUCUCUAUGUGGUGACAGAGACCGUGGAGCUGACCCAGAGCACUAAGCUGCAUGACAGCAGAAGUAUGACUGCUACAGGAAGUUGCUCAAUCCCUUGGACUCUUUUGGUCAAGGGUCAAUGCCAGGGAGAGGUUCACAAAGUGACAGAGAAGAUGCUGACUCUGUCACAGGGCACGGUGUUGGCCUACAAGAGGAAGCAGCUGCUUUUUGAGGAGGACGGCUGGGCAAAAUGGUUCACAGGUUUUAUACCGUUACCAGAAUUUGAGCACCUUCAGGAGGAGACUUUCCAGGAAAUGGAGGCCCUGUCCCUGCUCUCACAGGACGCUCAGGAUGCUAUAUUCCAUACUAUCCUGAACAUGCUUGGGAACCAAGAGGCUUUGCAGGACCUCACAGAUGAGCUGGAUAGGAACCCCUGGGAUCCUUUGGAUAGCUUUGGUGGCAAAAUCCUAAAUGAGAUGCAAGAGGACAUAAGAGACCUAUGGAUCCAGGAAAGAUUUCACAUCAUUUACCUCCUUGAAGCCAUAAUGGGGCUGAGUGACACCCAACGUGAUCUGCUAGCCCAGUCCAUGAAGAAGAAGAUCCUGCUCCAGCAGCAGGAGCUGGUAAGGAGCAUCCUGGAGCCCAACUUCAAAUACUUCGAGGAUAUCCCCUUCACCCUCAAACCUGAGCUCCUUGCCACACUCCAGGAUGAGGAUUUGGCCAUCACCUAUGGCCUUCUGCAGGAGUGUGGCCUGAAUAUGGAGCUGACCAGCCCCAGCUCAACCUGGGAUCUGGAAGCCAAGCAGCCCCUGUCUGCCCUGUAUGGGACCCUCUCCCUGCUGCAGCGGCUGGCAUUCAGUCCAGAGAGGUAG